GACGACAACUUUCUAGAUACCACCAACUGCGCCUCGAUAACACCCCCACGACUGCAAAUAUGAUCAUCCCCAUCCGUUGCUUCUCCUGCGGCAAGGUCAUUGCGGAUCUCUAUGAGCGCUAUGUCGAGCUCAUCGGCACCGUACAAGAUAACGGAGACACUGUAUCGGAUGGCGACGCGAUGGACCAGCUGGGACUCAACAGAUACUGCUGCCGACGAAUGAUGCUCACCCAUGUGGAUCUCAUUGAGAAGUUGCUGAGGUACAAUCCAGCAGAACGCGACAUCAUCAAACCGGGCAACCGAUAAUUCCACCCAAAUUUGGUGGAGCGAGUUCGGAAAUGUGCAUGUUAUGGGAUUCAGCGAGGUGUUCUGGCGUUCAAGCGGUGCCGGGGGCAAGAAAAGUUGUUAGGCACGAGAAGGAGCGCUGCCACUAGCCAAGAGUACAAAGGCAUAGGUGGAGUCUUUACGCACUCGGGAAUUUGAAUCACUAAGUGGAAUGGUUAGCCUGGGAAACGAGCUUGGGAGCUAGGCAUGCGCCAAUCACCUCGCAUCUGGUUGGAAGAAGUGAAGAGCCCAUGCAGAUUCGACAGCAACACGAGAAGAAAGAUUCGCGGCUGCCACCCGAAGGCCAUGCAUUCCACAUCUGCGCUGUUUCGUCUUGUUAGCCCCAGUACGAAACAUCUCACUGGGCACAUCCUCGAGACUGCAUGCGUGACCCUCGGUCAAUCUGGCUCACUUCUGACUGCGUAGUAUCAAGCAUCUGCCAUAUUUCAUGAGGGACAGAUACAGUGGACAUCCAGAUCCAUCUUCCUGCGUGAUGGCAGCUAUAUCGUGGCGACCAGGCAUUGGACUUCGCGCCUGGCCGAGCACACGGCCGGUGAAAAGAUGGUCUUGUGCCAUGUUUGACAGCUCCAAUCGAUUUGAAGGUGGCAACGGUACGUGUAGCUGUUCAAUACUCAAUGCUCAGUGCCAUCAGUUGUGCGCUUACGAUAUCAGAAACUUCAG